CUCCCAAGAUCAACCUUCCUCUGCUCUUUAUAUAUAGCCGCACCCCUCAUUUCCUGCUACACCCAGUGACACAGGCACAAAAACACUGGAUUUGCGUUGGCUACUGCGCGCCCACCAGCCUUUCUGAGCUAGCUAACUGUUCGUUGGGUGUCCUCCCCUGGACCGCGCGUGAAGGAGUCCAGUCCACUACCCCCUUUCUUCCACCUCUGCUCGAUCCAUUUAGGUUUCAGGCCAGCAGCAGAGAGGGUUCAGGCCAGCGAUAAGCAAAGCACAAGUUGAAGGGCCGGCCGUAAUCCGAGAUGGAGCAUAUCGCCAGGUUCUUCUUCGGAGUUUCUGGGAAUGUCAUUGCGCUCUUCCUCUUCCUGUCGCCUGUUGUCACCUUCUGGAGGAUCAUCAGGAAGCGGUCGACGGAGGACUUCUCCGGCGUGCCCUACAACAUGACGCUGCUCAACUGCCUCCUAUCAGCUUGGUACGGCCUGCCGUUCGUGUCCCCGAACAACAUCCUGGUGUCGACGAUCAACGGGACGGGGUCGGUGAUCGAGGCCAUCUACGUGGUGAUCUUCCUCAUCUUCGCGGUGGACCGGCGCGCCAGGCUCCGCAUGCUGGGCCUCCUCAGCAUCGUCGUCUCCAUCUUCGCCACCGUGGUGCUCGUCUCGCUGCUGGCACUCCAUGGCAACGCCCGCAAGGUCUUCUGCGGCCUCGCCGCCACCAUCUUCUCCAUCUGCAUGUACGCAUCGCCGCUCUCCAUCAUGAGGUUGGUGAUCAAGACGAAGAGCGUGGAGUACAUGCCGUUCUUGCUCUCCCUGGCCGUGUUCCUGUGCGGCACCUCCUGGUUCAUCUACGGCCUCCUCGGCCGCGACCCCUUCAUCAUUAUCCCGAAUGGGUGCGGGAGCUUCCUGGGCCUGGUGCAGCUCAUCCUGUACUUCAUCUACCGAAAAAACAAGGGCCCCGCCGUGCCGGCCGGCAAGGGAGAGGCCGCUGCAGCCGCGGACGUGGAGGACGCGAAGAAGGUGGCCGCUGCCGUGGAGAUGGCCGACGCCACGACGACCAACAAGGCCGCCGCCGACACCGUCGUCGGCGACGGCAAGGUCGUCGCCAGCCAGGUGUAGGCGGCCGGCUGCACGCGCGCGCGCGUGUGCUGAUCAAGCGGUCGAAGCUUCGCUGGUUGGGAGGAUGAACAGCCUAAAACUGAGGCUGCCUACUGAAUUAGUUUGCCGGUGAAUCGGAUUGGUGUUGAUUUCUAUGAGCUUUUACGGUUGUCACUCUGAUCUCGAUCUCUCUCCCGGAGGCUCCCUUAACAAUGUAGCUUCUGGAACAGAGCUGUGUCACAGAGCUCUCAAGUUGUGUGUGUCUCUGCAAAGUGUGAAUUUCUUUUUUGCUCCACCUCUUUCCUUCUCUUGCUCUCUCCGACUGCUUAUCUGCCCCAGUUUAAUUUCUCUAGAAAUGCAGUAUUAAACUAUCUGAGGAAUUGAUCCAACUGCUA